UUAUCUGACACAAUGUUAUAGUAAGUGUGUACGUGUGUGCAGGUCAUGCUUGAGAACUGACAGACUGCAUCCGGUAUAUACAUAUGAUAUAACCAGCUAGGUUGGUGUUAGUUCAAGAAGGGUACACAAUGCUGAAGUACGGCUUGACUUUACUAGCGCUGCUGUCUUGUAUUUGCGCCAAGACCGCCAUAUAUGAGUACACGUGUUUCGGCUACUCUGUUAUUGACGAGCACGAGGUGGUCUCGGUGAUCAGAUGUAACUCCACCGACGUCUUCGACCCCACCACUAAUAGAUGUGUCACCCCACAGAAAGGCAACUGGCCAUGCACGGACGUAGUGGACUGUAGCAAGCUGCCCGACAAGAGAUACGUGGACGUCGACAGCAAGGACCACACUGGGAAGUGCAAGACAUACUACACCUGUCACAACGGCUACUUCUACGGCCACAACUACUGUCCCGGGGUGCUGGUGUUCAAUGAAGAGCGACAGUACUGUGAUUGGGAGUAUGACGUCAAGCCACCAUGUGGAAGUUUGGCUACAGUCCUGGGAUGAAAUUGAAAUAAAUAUGAAAUUUUCCAUUUA